AUGGGACUACGAGCUAAAAUUGAUUGUUUCUGCAUUAGUACUGAUAGUUUUCCUCCAUAUAAUAGUACUAUUUUUUUAAUCAGUACUCGACUACAAACAAAUGAUGUAUCUUCAUCAUCACCAUCUCAAGAUUCGUUUGAUGAAACAUCAUUAGAUGAUUCGAAUAGUGUUGAAAGAACAAGUCGUUCUGGUGAUUAUGGUGCACCAAACUGUAUAGAUGAUGAUGGCCAAUCAAAUAUUUUAAAUACUGGUGAACCAUUAAACUGUACGAACGAUGAUGAAACAUCAAAUCAUUCAAAUGGUGACGAUGCAGUAAAAUAUACCAGUUCGUCGACAUUGGCUGGUAAGGGACUAUCUAUGAAGGACUUCACUAGUGUGAGUGGGCUUGGAUAUGGACAUAUGUUUGUUCAUUAUGACAAUGUUCAAGAAGUUGCCAAUGUUAUCGAAAAUGCUCAGCAAUAA